AAGAAAAUGCUAAUUAUUGCGUACAGUAUUUGAAUAAUUAUUGUAACAAAAUGUAUAAAACCUGUUUCUAAAUUCUCAAUAAUUUACAAUUCUUCGUAAUGAAUUCCUACCAAGAAAUAAGAUUUUUAAAGAAAAAACAAGACAUUUUAUACCGAUAUAAAGAAAAAAAUAGCAAUUUAAUUCGUUUUUAUAUCUUAAUAUGCCACGUACAAAUUCAAAUAUACAUAAUGAAAAUCAAAUGGAUAAUGAAACGUUACUUGAAAAGAAAUGGAUUUGAUCAAAUAAAUUCAUCUCGAAAGCAAGAAUGUGAUAAUAAUAAAUCAUCUCGGACAAAGAUUAUGUCGAGAAUGAACAAUACAAAUUCUCAUAUACAGACGUUAAUUCUUAUGCAAUCUGAACGACAGCAGUUUCAAGCAGAAUAUUGGAUGGUUUUAAAUUUAUGUGGACAAUCGACACCUUUGAGUUUCCAAGAUUUAUUACCCGGAAAAAGUCUUGGAGAAUGGAGGAAAAUAGCAGGUGGAGCUUAUGGAGAUGUUUUCGGAUUAUACAAUGAAAACAGACCUAUUAAAGUCUUAAAAAUUGUUCCUGUUAAUGGAAAUAAUGAUUACUUUGGCCAAAGACAAGAAACACUAACAAAUGUACAUCCGGAAAUAGUGGCUUCGUUAAAUUUAUGCAGUUUGUCAAAAAACGAAACAAACAGAACUUCCGGUUUUGCGCAAGUCAAAAGUGUAUAUUUUAUUCGAGGAAAAUUUCCGGAUGAACUCCGCAAAGCUUAUAAAAACUUUCACUUGGGUAGAAAAAUGCCGGAUUUUUAUUCAGCGCAAGUGUCGCAUAGACAAUUAUAUAUCGUUUAUGACAUGGAAUACGGAGGAUAUCCUUUAUUAAAAUCGCUCCAAAUAAGGCCUUGUCAAGCCGUCAGUAUUUUUCGUCAAGUGGCAUUUAGUUUGGCUGUUGCAGAAACAGAAUUAGAAUUCGAACACCGAGAUUUACACCUUUGUAAUAUUUUAAUCAAGCCAACACGUGCGAAAUCUUUAACAUAUUUUAUUUCUGGAAAGAAUUUUGAAAUACCGACUGUUGGCAUAUUGGCUACGAUAAUCGAUUUUACAUUCAGUCGAUUAAAGAAAGGAGAAGUUAUAUUAUUUAGAAAUCUGAAUGAAUUUAAAUUCAAAGGGGAAACUUUACAACACAAAAUAUACAGAGCUUCUAAGAAAAUAAUAAAUAAUAAAUGGGAAGAAUACAAUCCUUAUACCAAUAUUUUAUGGCUGUACUUUCUGAUUUCCAAUAUGAUAAACCAUUUAAAGGAGUGCAUGGAUAUGUUCACCAAUGAAAAGAGUAAAACAGCUUUCAGACAAUUAAUAACUUGGAAAUAUUCCAUAUUAAAAUAUUCAUCAGCCACUCAUUUCGUUUUGGGUUCUCAAGAUUAUACAGUAUCUGAUAAUUAUGAAAAUAUCAAAGAUCUAUUGAAAUCUUCUUUAUCAAAUUGUUCUUGUUUUUUCAUACCUUAAAGUUUUUCUUAUUUUUUUUAUGUUCUUAAAAUCAAUUAGUAAAAAAAAUUGAAAAUAAAAUUAAA